AUGGUCGCGCUCUCUGCUCUCGGCACCUUCCUCCUCGCUGCUAACCUCUCGUCUUUUGACCCGACGACCGUCCGUCCCACUGACGACACCAAUAAGACGAUCUUCGCAGUCCGUGCCGACUUGAGUCGUGGGCGAUUCGCAUCCGCCAAGCCCGUCGCCGCCGUCACGUUUCCCAUCGCGGACGUGACAUCAACCGUGUACGUCUCGCGUGAGAGCUACGCGCGCGCAACCGAAGCCGUCAAGCCGUCUGAAGUUGUCGCCAAUUUUGUCAACUCGCUGCUUUUUGCUCAAAGUAGCGCCGCCCGCGAGUGUUUGCCAAACAUUUACGGUGCGUCCAAGCUCAACACGUCGUUUGAGUUUGAGUUUUCGGACAAGCCAUCGAUGACCACGACGCUUGAAGCCAAACCCAAUACGACGACUGCGACAGUGGUGCAACUGGCACCGGGCACAGUGAGCCAAGUUGUCUUCCGCGUCAACGCGGGCUGCUUGGACUACGCGACGCUCGCGUGCAACUUGGACGCGGCGUCGGGCGCCACCUCGUUCCGCAUCGGCGUGACACGCGCCGAGUACUUGGACCUACACCCGUCGUCCUUGAUGGCCAUGUGCGGCAACCAGUGGGACUCGCGCCCGGUUGACAUCGACCCCAACGUCAACAUCGCGUUCGCAGUACCGUCGGGCACCUGGGUGGCGCAGACGGUCGCAGACGACGCCAAAGCCUUCUUCAGCUACAAGGCGCCAGCGACGACGACGACCAAGCCAUCCAGCAUCGCACCGACACCGACGCCGACACCGUCCGCCGCCUCCACGUUGUCGCUUUCCACGAGCGUCUUUGCAUGCCUCGCGGCGAUUUGGCUCAUCCAAUAG